AUGGAUUCCCGAGAUAUGAUUAGGUGUGUAAAUAAUCCGGAUGAGCAUUCCAGCCAACAUUCCAGCGAUGAAUUGAGCAGUAUUGGUGGUGGCGAUUGUGAUGGAGAUGACGAUGAUAAUGGUUCAAGUGAAUGUGAUAGUGAUGCUGAUAUAAGUUGGUCAUCAGAAGCAGAAAUGAAUUAUCAGCAAAAUUGUUAUAAAUCAUCAUCAUUAUUGCUGUCUCAAAUACAUGAUGAUAAAAAUGAUACAUUAUCGAUUGAUAAUACCGGAAAUGACGAUCCAGCAGUAGCGUUAUCGCUCUACAAUAAUGUUAUGAUGAAGGAUGAUAAUUCGAAUAAUGAUAGUGAUGAAGAGUUUGCCGUGCAUGCAUGCUUACGAGGGCUUAUUAAAUCAAAAUCGAUAACUUCAAUUCAAAAACAUGCUUAUAUUGAUGAAAAAAUUCUCGAUGGCAAUACAUUUAUUGAUACGAGUAAUGAUAAAUGUUUGGCUGAUGAAUUGGUUAAUGCGCAAACAAUAAGCGAUGACGAAACUUCCGCAUCUUCGGUACCGUAUUUUUCACGGAAUCGAACGUAUCACGAUUAUCCAACACCCAUAUUUAAGACAAAAUCAAAUAUAAAUCUAAUUGAUAAUUGGUCAAUACCAGCAAAUAAUUUCAAGUAUGGGAUGGAUUUUUUUGAAAGUGAUGAUGAUUUAGACCAAGCAAGAUCGUCACCAUUUACUUGUUGUUGGUCAGCACCGGAAUUUAUUGCUGACAGCGAGCGACACACAUCAGACGAAUUAUCAACUUCAGAAGAUGUUUGUUUUGCUAAAGGAAAUGUGACGAAUGAAAAAUCUGAACGUGUUGAUUUAUCUGAAUACGAUGAACCAAUGCGCACGAGUAUUUUGGAUUUCAGUGGUCCGGUAUCAGGCCAAAUUAUUAAUUCGACCCGUUUAAAUAUACUAGCAAAUGAAACAUGUCCAAG